AUGACACCAAGAGAUGCACCUAGUGUAAGCUGUCAGAUGACACCAAGUGAUGCACCUAGUGUAUGCAGUCAGAUGACACCAAGUGAUGCACCUAGUGUAUGCAGUCAGAUGACACCAAGAGAUGCACCUAGUGUAUGCAGUCAGAUGACACCAAGUGAUGCACCUAGUGUAUGCAGUCAGAUGACACCAAGUGAUGCACCGAGUGUAUGCAGUCAGAUGACAACAAGUGAUGCACCUAGUGUAUGCAGUCAGAUGACACCAAGUGAUGCACCUAGUGUAUGCAGUCAGAUGACACCAAGUGAUGCACCUAUUGUAUGCAUUCAGAUGACACCAAGUGAUGCACCGAGUGUAUGCUGUCAGAUGACACCAAGAGAUGCACCUAGUGUAUGCAUUCAGAUGACACCAAGUGAUGCACCUAGUGUGUGCUGUCAGAUGACACCAAGUGAUGCACCUAGUGUAUGCUGUCAGAUGACACCAAGUGAUGCACCUAGUGUAUGCAGUCAGAUGACACCAAGUGAUGCACCUAGUGUAUGCUGUCAGAUGACACCAAGAGAUGCACCUAGUGUAAGCUGUCAGAUGACACCAAGUGAUGCACCUAGUGUAUGCUGUCAGAUGACACCAAGUGAUGCACCUAGUCUAUACAGUCAGGUGAAACAAAAUAUUGCACCUAGUGGAUGCCAUCAAGUAAUUGUUAUUACUAAUCUAUGUUGA